ACCGCAGCCAACCCCUGACGACCAUUUUACGUCACGUCUCCUCGUCAGCAUCUGAAAGAGCGACAGGGAGAUAAGGGGCGCGCGCUAAUUACAGUGCAUAUUGCACCCCACACGACGAACUGCGUUAGGGAUGAGAACCUGAGUGCAGCCGUGAAGUGGGUGAUACCUCAGUACACUAGUUGGACCAGUGCGAGUUUGGAGUGCCAAUCCGGCUACCAACCACCCAAAACUUCCCUGUAAGUUGGAGGGCCUGCUUGCCUGGAUGUAGAUAAACGUCAUGCCCUGGACGAACUGGAGAAGCAGUUGCAGGUUCACCAAUACACACUGAGCAAAGGCAUGUCACCCAGGUUGCUGGAGCUGAUAUUCAGUUGCUUGUCCAGCACGGAGACUUUGACUAACUAUGAGGGACAGGUCAUCCGGUCUCAGCCUACGGACCUGCAGAAGACGGCCUGUUUCAUGCAGACCCUGAUCCGCAAGGGGCGCCGUGCCUGUCGGCUGUUUUACGAGGCUCUGGAAUCUUUGGACCCUUCUUUGUUUGAGCAGGUGACAGGCGUCCAAGCAAAGUGCCCCAUUGUGGCCACACCUUGUCCCCUUCAGGACAGGACCCUGCCAAACGAACAGAGCAAUGCUCCCACCUACGUCGUCAACAUUCAGAAUUCCACCUUAGUCAAUUGCAUCAUUGGAAGCAAGAAUGAACAGUAUAUCAACAGCGACCAACAGGGCCAGCUACUUCAGAGUUUCAUGGAGUCUCGACAAGAUGUAGCCACAGGCAACGAAUGUGUGUGUUGCCAGAUGGGGGCAGCACAGACCGCUGCAUCAUCUACAGACCUCCAGGUUCACGGCUCCAAUCUGGAGUACGUCAUCAUCGGAGACAAAAACAGCCUGACUGUUGAGGAAGGAGAGGAGACCAGUGACCCUGAGGAGUGAAGGAGAACUCUGUGGUGGCCCUUGUGGGUCAUGGACAUCUGACCAGGGCUGCUUAUGGAUAAGUGGUGCUGACCCAGACUUCUGUUCUCUGGAGACAUCAGGUUAAAUCAGGUAGCACUGGGGGUUCAUUCUGGGAAAAUGUCUGGAUUUCAGCCCAUCUCCAUAUGCCCCCCCCGGUAAAGUGGACUGGUGGGGCUGACCCCCAAAGUUUACCUAGAGGAGUACAGCCAGUCCCCAGAUGAACAUCCUACUUGCAGACAACUCAUACUUAUGAACAGACUUCCAUAAAGUCUGUUAAAAUAUGGGUUAAACACAAUGGUUUGUUAUAACGAAUGCAUGCACUACUUUGUGACAGUGAUUCAUUGGCUGGCAGUACAGUAUGGAAUUACUUUUAUUAUUACUGCCUAAUUAUCAUUGUGUACUGUAUUGUUUUACUGACUUGCGUACAAAUUUGACUUCAAAACAGACAUCGGGAACAGGUGUCCUUCAUAUCCUGGGGACCGUCCUGCAUCUGUGGUAUUGUUUGUGCUGCAAGUAUUUUAUAUAAAAAAAAUAUACUAACACUUUCAGUAUUGUGUAUACGAGAUGGCACAGAUCUUUAGGGCAACACUGGCACUCUGACUGCAUCAACUAGGUGCACAACCGUUCAUUUUUUGACCGGGAAGCAAAUGGUUUUGUUUUGGGUUUUUUUUUUUUUGUGCUGUUGUGACGUGAGGAAUGACUGCCUUUUCUUUAUGAACCCUGUUAGUUCAGUCCAAGAAUUGCACCGCGAUGUUAACUUUAGAACAAAACAUUUUCGGUGGGGACACAAAAUCCACAACAAGAUACACUGGUUUUCUUUUUUGGGCGUGGAUGUCUUUUAAAGAGCAGGUUAAACAUAGUGCAAGGUGCGUGUUUGGUUUCUCCCUUUUGUUACGUCGCGUGAAUGUGUGCAAACGCACGAGAACAUUUCAUCAUGCCUGUCAUCGUCCGUGUUCCUCCCUUUAGGAGCAUGUAGAUGACAUGUGGUCCAUAGAAAUGCAUUAGGUGUAAGGAAUUUUUUUUUAAAUGACAUAAUUAAGUUAAUCUCAUUUAAAUGUGUAUUUGCAUUAAAAAUAUAUUUAUGGA